AUCUAUCAAAUGUUUUCAACAGCAACACACAUCACACGACUAGCCCAGCUAGCAGGAAGAAAUUUACUAUCAAACUGUCACUCUGCCUUGACAAAAAUAUGGAUAAAUUAAGAAAGACAUUAAGUGGAGACGACCCAGACGAAGAGCAAGGGAUAGUGACGCAGAUUUAUGAAGGGACAACUUUAAGUUGGUCCACAAGAAUAAAAGGAUUUUUGGUGUGCUUUAUACUAGGCAUUUUGCUUUCAGUUAUGGGUUCAUGCUUCUUGUGGAUGGGGUACACGGGCACAGGUCUGCUUCUGUUUGGGCUAUUUUACACACUAGGGAAUAUAGUAUCAAUCCUGAGUACAAUGUUCCUUAUGGGGCCCUGCAAUCAGCUGAAGAAAAUGUUUGCUGAGACCAGAAUCAUUGCAACAAUUGUAGUCAUAGUAUUUUUUGCUCUUACUUUAAUGGCAGCAUUAUGGUGGCAAAUAGCAGGACUUGCUCUGCUCUUCUGCAUACUCCAGUUUCUAGCCUUAACCUGGUACUCCAUAUCAUAUAUACCAUUUGCAAGAGAUGCUGUGAAGAAGGGUGUUACAGGAUGUCUAACCUAAGCAUGAGCUACAACUGCCAAGAUUAUUGUCCCAAGAAGUAUAUUUUGUAUUCAGAUAACAAAGAGAUUAUGAGACAAUACAUUGUGUUCCCUUUUUGUUACAAAAGAAACAUCCUUGCUACAUGUAUACAGACACUGAUGCCAGGAUUAAAGCUGUUUGGAUCAGGUUAUUCAGCAACUUCUUUUAUGUUUUUCAUACAUAAGAUUGCAGUCUUAAGAUUUGGAACUCAACAUGUGUAGCUGUGACAGUAGGGUGUACAUAAUAAAUUUAAGGGAAAGGUAUUUAUUGUUAACUGAAAGGUAUUUUAAAAUGUUAUUAGUUCAAAAAUGCCAUAUGAUACUAGUUUUGGUGUGUUAAUGUUUAUGCAAAUGCACAAAUAUCAAGGGAUGGGUAUGAGGUUGUUUAUUAUGUGUCUUAUGAAAUCAUGACAAUAUUUGCCUUAUAUUAUUAUAGUGAACACAAUACUAACUUGGUUACUGUCAAACAGAUUUAAAAACUCUCAUAGACGUGUUUUAAUGGUCUUCCAUCAUUGUAGAUUCUAUACUUAUUGGUCAAUAGGCAUCUUCACUGACUGGAAAGUAUCAUUUUUGUUAAAGGAUAGCCAUGGUGCUAAAAAUUUGAAUCUGGUGUGAUAUAUUUUUCUAGACUGAUGGGGGUUAAAAUGAAACUUGAAAGCCUGUUGGGGUGCUCUCUUUUACAUAAUGUGCCUUACAUGACCUCUGACCUGAAAUGCAGGGUAUUUGUGCAGAAGCUUUGUACUUGCUCACCAGCUGUAUAUAUUCGUACUUAGUAUGAUGAAGUAUUUAUAAUUAAUGAUAACGCAAGCUGCUUUCCAUGUAGACGCGUUUUCAGGCAAUCAUUGUUUUCGUACUGCAAACAACAAAAUCUAAGGGAAAUGUAUUUCGGGUCGGUAGAAACUAAUCUCUAUCAAAAGUAUAGGCCGACGAAGAUCGUCUGCUGGAUAAAAGUAAAUGACCGCCGUUUCCUUAAGCUCGGACUGGGUACGUCUCACAAAAGGAGUGUGCGCGAACAUAAAAGGGUCCAAUAAGAAUAUAAAUAUAGCAACAUUUUACAGUUAAGAACUGAGAAAUAUUUUUGUCUUUAGUAGAAAAAAGUCCUAGAAUACAUUGGUUUAGAGUUUUGUUACGGUUUGUAACUACACGUAGCAGUGAACCGUCCCUCAAUGUUUUAUUUGCUUUAAAAUUGUAGGCAAAUCCUAAUAUAAUAGACGUUACAUUAUCGUUGCUUUGGUUGACAGAACAUAAUUACCAGAUAACGCCCCCUAUUGGAUAUUGUAGAACACCUUGUAUGUAAAGGGAAACCUUCAAUUCAAGAAAUGCUUCAAAUGCAGUGAUUUCGUUAAGCGUUCAUUGGUGCAGGAUCGAUUUCCGUCUUUGGGUUACAAUUUCUGAAAACAUUAUUGUAAAUAAAUGUUACUUUUUCAAUUA